AUGUCCUGCUAUGGUUGGGGCAGCGCCUUGGGAGCUGCGAAGGCUUAUGUGCGAGCACAUGCUGAAGAUGUUGGAACCAGCCUCUACUUUGUGAACGACUCUAUCCAGCAGGUUACCUUCUCCAGCACAGUGGGGGUGGUGAUCCCCUGCCCGGCAGCAGGGUCACCCAGUGCUGUCCUUCGGUGGUACCUUGCCACAGGCGACGACAUCUACGAUGUGCCCCACAUCCGGCAUGUCCAUGCCAAUGGGACUUUGCAGCUCUACCCCUUCUCGCCGUCAGCCUUCAAUAGCUUUAUCCACGACAACGACUACUUCUGCACUGCAGAGAACUCGGCAGGCAAAAUCAGGAGCCCAAAUAUCCGGGUUAAAGCAGUUUUCAGGGAACCGUACACCGUUCGUGUGGAGGACCAAAGGUCGAUGCGUGGAAACGUGGCUGUUUUCAAGUGCCUCAUCCCCUCAUCAGUGCAGGAAUAUGUUAGUGUUGUGUCCUGGGAGAAAGACACCGUUUCUAUCAUCCCAGGGCUCACAGCUGUGUUGGGGCCCCCCCGCAUCGUCCCCUCCUUCAGCGAGAAGGUGGUCAACCCCGGGGAGCAGUUCUCCCUGAUGUGCGCCGCCAAGGGCGCUCCGCCGCCGACCGUCACCUGGGCCCUGGACGACGAGCCCAUCCAGAGGGACAACGGGCACCGCACCAACCAGUACACCAUGUCGGACGGCACCACGGUGAGCCACAUGAACGUGACGAGCCCGCAGAUCAAGGACGGCGGCGUGUACCGGUGCACCGCGCGGAACUCGGUGGGCAGCGCCGAAUACCAAGCGCGAAUAAACGUAAGAGGUCCCCCGAGCAUCCGAGCGAUGAAGAACAUAACAGCAGUCGCGGGUAGGGACACUUUCAUCAACUGCAGGGUGAUUGGGUACCCAUAUUACUCCAUCAAGUGGUACAAGGACUCUUUGCUGCUGCCCGAUAACCACCGCCAAGUGGUCUUUGAGAACGGGACUCUUAAGCUGAUGGAUGUCCAGAAAGGCAUGGAUGAAGGAGAGUAUGUCUGCAGCGUGCUGAUCCAGCCCCAGCUCUCCAUCAGCCAGAGUGUCCACGUCACGGUGAAAGCUCCAGGGCCUCCUAAGUGGAAGGAGUGAGCCUUUUCUCCCAUCCGGAGCCGGGUGAUGUGCCAGGGUGUUCCUAGUGGCUCGAGAGAACUGCUUUGCUGGAAGCUGCUCCUUUUGGGGCCUGGCUGGCUGGAGGGGAUGUUCAAGCAGUGUUGGGGAUGCCCAGUGUUGCA